UCGGCGGCGACCCUCUGACAGUUGGCUCUUCUCUCACAACAAACAUCAUUUGGGCGUUUCAGGCAUCGCUCACAAAUACAGCAGCUGUGAGUCUUAUCUCGGAAUUGGUCCACCCUGAGCGGCACAGCAGUUCCCCUUUUCUUAGAGACGACAUGAAUUGUUGAUGUGGUAAAAAUGAACAAACCCAAAAUGGCCACAGAAAAAGGUGUUCCCAGUAACUCCAGGAUACUGACGCUCCUGGGCCAACUGGAAAGAAUGAACGGCGAGGCCAUGGUGAGGGAUGUCGAAACGGCAAGACAGGUCACGGCAAAGAUCCUUCACCUCAUACAGACACAGGAGAAGAGUGGAAAAGAGGUCAUGUCCAAAGGGUCCAGUGGCAUGGAGGUCAUCCUGACUUCACUGGAGAGCGCCAGGGAUGUGCAGACUACUUUGAACAUCCUGUGCAUUCUCAGCGAGCUGUUGACAGCGGGCAAAGGUCGUAGGGUUGCAGUAUUUGUGUCCAAAGGAGGAACAGGGAUAUUAUUCCAGAUUCUGAUCACUGCCAGUAAAGAGCUUCCUCCAAGUGAGGAACUCACGCUGCAGCUCCACUCACUGCUGGCCAAGGUCGGCCCUAAAGACAAAACGUUUGGGGUGAAGGCGCGCUUGAGUGGAGCUCUGAACGUCACUGUCGGCAUAAUGAGACAGAACCUACAGAAUACCAAACUGCUUCUGCCCUGCCUGCAGGUUCUCAGGGUUUACUCCACCAACUCGGUGAAUGCUGUUUCUCUGGGAAAGAACGGAGUGGUGGAACUUAUGUUCAAGAUAGUCGCACCAUACAGCAAGAAGAACACCAGCCUGCUCAAGGUAGCUCUGGACGCACUGGGAGCACUGCUCAAAUCCAAGACAAAUGCUCGGCGUGCAGUGGAUGGCGACCAUGUGCCCGUCCUGCUUGCUCUGUACCUGGAUUGGCAUCGCAAUGACACGCGGCAUCGUCACAUGCUGAUACGUAAAGGCCUGCUGGUCUGCCUCAAGAACAUUACCAACAUCAAGCUGGGCAGAAAGGCCUUCAUAGAGGCUGACGGCAUGAGGAUCCUCUACAACUCCUCCACCGAGUGUCUCCCCGUGCGGACUCUCGAUCCUCUGGUCAACAUUUCGAGCAUCAUCAUGAGGAAGUGUUUUCCUAAGAACCGCCUGCCUCUGCCUACAAUCAAGUCGGCCUUCCACUACCAGCUGCCACAUGUACCAGCCGCGGGUCCAGUGGCACAGCUGUACAGCCAGCCUCCCGGUGUGGAUGAUGUGGUGGAUGAAAGCGACGACAACGAAGAGACAGAAGUCGACACAGAUACUGAGAAUGAAGAGGACGAGAAGGAUAAUUGUGCUGCGAAUGAUGACAUAGAAACAGACCUAAACAAGCUGCAUCCCAAAAAGUGCCCUACUCGCCCAUUGGAGGAGUUGAGAGUCUAUGAGAAAUUCUUCCUGGAGUUAUCUGAGGACUUUCAGGGGUACAACUUUCACUGCUCAAAGAGUGCCUCUACAACAUCUUCAUCAGCUUCCUUGUCUUCAUCGUCAACUUCAACUCGAUCCACCAGGCCAAUCAAAGUGCCCACAGCUCAAGCCCUGUCCCCAAAGCACGUCCCCGUACCGAGCGCCCAAGAGGAGGGCGACUCCAUCCAAGGACAACCAACUCCCACCGUUCCCGCCUCGACUGCUUCUCUAACAUCUCUAGAACUGGACACGAUCCACCUCACCAAGGACCAAGAAAAAAAAGAGGAGGCACACAUUCCUACUCCAGAUGGGCACGUCACCUCGCCCUCCUGCGCCAGGCCUCCGUCUCAAGGGCAGAUAGACCAGGAAAUAGCGCAUUCGUUGGAGUGCGUCGCUCUAGAAGAGGAGCGGGCUCUGAGCACAGGAGAUGGAUUAAAAGGAGCCAAGCAAGAAGGAUCUCCAGCCAACGCCACGAGGCACAUACAGUCUCCUUUGCUAUUGGGUGGUAUAGCUGCGCGUCGCGGUGGGGGAGGGGGAGGAGGAGGAGGUGGUGGAGGUGGUGGUGGAGGUGGAGGUGGAGGUGGCAGCAACUGGGGUUCAGAUUGUGGCUCAGAGGGAGCUGAAGAUGAGGGAGGGGAAGGAGCAGUUCUGGAGGUGCCGGACACGGCCCUCCUACUCCCGCUGCAUGACCCCGACCUUUACGUGGAGAUGGUGAAGGGGACGCGGUCUGUCCCAAAGUAUGCUGAAGUGGCUUACCCAGACUACUUUGGCCACGUAGCCCAAAUAAUUAGCGAACCCCUUCUGGAGAGAGUUUAUGGUGUACAGAGGUCGAAGAUAUUCCAGGACAUUGAAAGGUUGAUUCACCCCAAUGAUAUCGUGGAUAAAGUAGUUUAUGACCUGGACCUUCCUAAUUGUCCUGUAAUCGAAGACAGUGGCGAGUCACUGAAGUUCAACUCACAGUUUGAGUCCGGUAACCUCAGGAAGGCAGUUCAAGUUAGAAAAAAUGAGUAUGAUCUUGUGCUGAACUCGGACAUCAACAGUAAUCACCACCACCAGUGGUUUUACUUUGAAGUGAGUGGCAUGCGUGUCGGGACUAACUACCGCUUCAACAUCAUCAACUGUGAGAAGUCAAACAGCCAGUUCAACUAUGGCAUGCAGGUGCUCAUGUACUCUGUGCAGGAGGCAAUCAGUGGCAGGCCUCGCUGGGUCAGAACAGGAACAGACAUCUGUUACUACAAGAACCACUUUGCGAGGAGUUCCAUUGCAGCCGGUGGUCUGAAAGGAAAGUCGUAUUAUACACUGACCUUCACCAUAAACUUCAGCCAUAAGGAUGACGUCUGCUACUUUGCCUAUCAUUACCCUUAUACAUACUCUACUCUUAAGAUGCACUUGUCCAAACUGGAGACUUUGAGGACACCCCAGAUCUACCUGAGACAAGACGUGCUGUGUGAAACCUUAGGGGGAAACUCCUGCCCUCUUCUUACCAUCACUGCCAUGCCAGAGUCCAACUCCAACUAUCACAUCUGUCAGUUUAGGAAUCGUCCAUUGAUCUUCUUGUCGGCCAGAGUGCACCCUGGAGAAACCAAUGCCAGCUGGGUAAUGAAGGGCACGCUGGAGUUCCUGAUGAGUGCCAGUCCGCAGGCAGCCAGCUUGAGGGAGGCCUACAUCUUCAAGAUAGUCCCCAUGCUCAACCCUGAUGGAGUCAUAAACGGAAAUCAUCGUUGUUCUCUGAGUGGAGAGGAUUUAAAUCGACAGUGGCAGAAUCCCAAUCCUGAGCUCCACCCCACCAUCUACCACACUAAGAGCCUACUGCAGUACCUUGCACACAUACAAAAGGCGCCGCUGGUGUUUUGCGACUACCACGGUCAUUCCAGAAAGAAGAACGUGUUCAUGUACGGCUGCAGCGUGAAGGAGACAGUCUGGCAGUCCAACAUUAGAGCGACGUCGACCGACUUGCAGGAGGACCUUGGAUAUCGGGAGCUUCCUAAGAUCCUGUCCCAGAUCGCUCCGGCCUUCAGCAUGGCUAGCUGCAGUUUUGUUGUGGAGCGCUCCAAAGAGUCAACCGCCCGUGUGGUUGUGUGGAGAGAGAUUGGAGUACAACGCAGCUACACCAUGGAGAGCACCCUCUGUGGCUGUGACCAAGGCAUAUAUAAGGGUCUUCAUCUUGGCACCGAAGAGCUGGAGGAGAUGGGAGCUCAGUUUUGUGUGGCCUUGCUGAGGCUGAAGAGGCUGACGGCUCUCCGCAACCACCAACACCUGCUGGAUUUGGAAAGCGAUAUCAUUGGGACUCACUCUAAAGUCGUCAGCAGCUGCCCCACCACCUAUCUGAUGGACGAGGAUGAGCCGCCCUGUCUGGAGCCGAUAGACUACAGCGCCGAGAGCAACGAUGAGGACGCGGAGCCCGAGAACGGAGGCGAAAUCUACGAGAAUCCCGAUCACCUCGAACACUUGUCAGACUCGGAGAGUAACCACAGGGACUAGUGCUGAGGCGUUCAUCUCCUCUAAAGCUGGCAGUCUGAGCUUGUAAUCGGCCAGUGCCUGGGUUGUUAGCGGAUCUAAACCAUGUAGAAAAUAUCUGACGGGAGAUAAAGUCAAAAAAAACCCCACUCAUCUUAAAUGUGCACCCUAUUAAAGUAAAGGCACUUGACACACGUCAGGUGCACGUCCCCUAGUGGAGCCGACGCGUUGCUCCUGAAGCCGCGCUAAGAAUCAGGAUGGCUUUUAAUGAAUGUUUUCACCUUUCACCACUAUAUUAUAACCUUACUGAGCUGCAAGCCUUGACCUUAGACACCAUAUAGCCUCUGAGAUUCACAUAUCGCUACCCAAAUCUGCAAACACUGUACACCGCCGAUGAUGAGACUUGAACACUUGUCCACUCACUCAUCAGCCGAUCUUACAGUUAGGCUCCUGUGCAAGGCUGUGGUAGUUAUUAUAGAGCCAGCGGCUUGUGUAGUUUUUGAAAACCCCUCUCACCUGUGACACUGUGUUUGAUUGAAGCACUCCUCCAGGUGAUUGUGGGGAAACUGGAUCUACUCCAGCUUAGAGAUCCAACCGACCUGCCUUCUUAUUUCCUUUCCUUCCUUACCCCGUCUUACCUUGCACUUUACUCCGUCAGCUGGUUUAGCCCCUCCUUCCUUCUUCCUUCCUUCCUUCCUUCCUGCUUUCUUUUUUUCUGACAAGCCAAGUCUCAGCGUGUAAAAAGGGACACGUUUGACCAAACAGCUAUCAAAUCUUAACAAGUGUCUCAUGCAGAAAAAAACUAAAACAAAAAAUACUCUGAUGCAACUGCAGCUGUGACCUCACUCCUCCUCCCCCCCGUCGCCCCCCCACCACCCUGUAACCCAUCCCCGUUCAACCACAGUGCACAUCGUCGGAUCACCCGUGUGCCGUUUGCCUUGCUUUAUCCAAAACUGAAACUAUUUAUAUCACACUAGAAUGUCAAUGUCUUUAUAAAGACAAACCUUGUAAAAUACAUGAAACGCACAUAUAACUAACACUGGUUGGGUUUGAGUUUCUACAUCACGCACAGCAGUAAAACAUUUAGAUGGAAUGUAUAACGUCCACAUGCACUGUUGACACUGUCGGCCUUUUUCUGUUUUGUUUCUAAUAGUAUUAUACAGUAGCAGUGAACAAGACGCAUGAGCUGCGGAGAGCAGGAGACCCUGUUGCACUUUGGGCAAACUCUAUACAUGCAAAACGAAGAUAAAUAAACUGAGAGGAAAAAAAACUAAACACUUUACAUGUCACAGUUUGCAAACCUCAACUUCAGUCACCUCAUAAGUAGUUUGACCGUCUCUGAGCCCAGCCCAAAGCUUGUGGUAACGUUGCUGUAAUGUUUUAAAGAUUAGACUGGAAUUCAGUUUCCUUUUUAUCCGUUUUCCUCCUCUGUGUACGUUUUGUGGAUUUGCUUAGGAAAGACCCAUAAAAACAGAUGGUGCUGUGUAUGAAUACGAAGAGUAAAAAAUAGUUGUUUUUUUUUCAUGCAGAUGUAUGUUUCUGUUACGUUUGUAUAAAUAGCUAAAGCAUGGCUAUUUUUUUUUAAUUUAUUAAGUGUUGUUUCUAGUUUGCAUCCUGUAUGUAUAUGAGUUAUUUUCAGCGUUUGUGUGCAUGUGUCUGUGUGCGUGCGUGCAGGGGUUUAAGUUAUUCCAUUAUUCAGCUCGGCUAAUGCUCUUAAAGUGUGUUUCUUCUUUCAAUUUGAUUACUCACUCUCACUGUCCUUCACUCCCCCCUCCGUCCCCCCAAUAAUUCUCUGUCUCACUCUUAUUCCUUCUAAAACCCUCUUUUUCUGUCUUUCACUUCGUUUCAAAUGUUGCCCAUGAAACAAAGACAGGUCACUUUUCUGUGUGUAAGGGAUAUACGUUGUGCAAUAGUGUGUUUAUGUUUUUUUUUUUUUUUUUGUAGUUUUUUUUUUUCCUCGUAGAGGUUUGUGGCGACGUAGUGCUGGGCUUCUUAUGUUACGCGUGUUUGGAGGUGAACAAGCGCAGGAGGCAACUUAUUUUAAGUUGAUUGUGAAGCUAUGAAAUGCUGGGAAAUAAAAUGUUGAAACUUUAAA